GUAUGGGUAGGUUUUGUUGCCUGUCUCUCGAGACAAAUUGGGUCGCACGCAAUCAGGGUUAUUGUGCUUGGGGGUUUCGCAACGUGGAAGUCGAAUUCACCGCCGCGAAGAGGAAAACGGACAGACGGUGGAUGGCUCAUUUUCCAUUUUUGUAUCGUCCAUUCGGACAGACCAAGUGACGGUGCUAUGGAGUCCGGAGGCCACGUUGCUCCGUGAAUCGAUGUCUGAAGGUGAGUCUCGUACAAUAGUGAUUCGAAAUGGUUCUGGGCUAUACAUAGCGGGGAAAGCUGCCUCCCGCCAGAAAUUCGUGGCUCUCGCCCCGGAUCGGACCUGACGUUCUCACCGGAGGAGGAACAUCAACCAACGAAAAACCGACGGGAGAGGGACGGUGGUAAGCAAAAUCUAGGCGGUAUCCGCUUCGGUCGGUGAUAUCUCACCCAAACGAGAGGGGAGAGGGGGGAAGCUUCGUACUUCCACACUCGUGUCGUCUUUGCAUCGAUACUUUUGACUCGUUCAUUCCUUCGUUGUCUACCGAACGCACACCCUCGCAAGCUACGACCAACAAUGAAGUUCUCUACCUUGACGGCUGCCUUUUUUGUGGCUUCGGCUACGGCCUUUCAACAACCGGCCUUUGCGCCGCGCUCGGUCGUUGCCCAGUCGUCGACGUCCGGACUCCACAUGGCUUUCGAAUCCAAGAUUUUUGAAACUCAAGAAGUCACCUUUGCCGACACCAAAGAGAUCAUUGUCAAGGGAGGUCGGGAUCUCUUUCCUUUGUUACCCAAGGCCUUUGAAGGAAUUGAGAAAAUCGGAGUUAUCGGAUGGGGAUCCCAGGCGCCGGCGCAGGCCCAGAAUCUGAAAGACUCUUUGAAGGAAGUCGGCGCCGACAUUACCGUCUCCAUUGGUCUACGCGAAGGAUCUUCCAGUUUCGAAGAAGCCAAGGAUUGCGGCUUCAGUGAGGAGGACGGUACCCUCGGAGAAAUGUUCAGCGUCAUCAAGGAAUCCGACUUGGUCGUUCUCCUCAUCUCCGACGCCGCACAAGCCAAGCUGUACAAGGAAAUUUUUGCCGCCAUGAAGCCCGGUGCCACGCUCGGCCUCAGUCACGGCUUUCUGCUCGGACACUUGGACUCGAUCGGAGAAAAGUUCCCCGAGAAUAUGGACGUGAUUGCCGUCUGCCCCAAGGGAAUGGGACCCUCGGUCCGUCGUCUUUAUGAACAGGGCAAGGACGUGAACGGCGCGGGCAUCAACUCCAGUUUUGCCGUCCACCAGGACGUCAGUGGCAAGGCCACCGAAUUGGCUCUGGGUUGGGGCAUUGCGCUCGGAUCCCCCUUCAUGUUCGAAACCAGCCUCCGAUCCGAAUACUGCUCCGAUAUUUACGGCGAACGCGGCAUCUUGCUCGGUGCCGUCCACGGGAUCGUCGAGUCCUUGUACCGCCGCUACCAACGUCAAGGCAUGAGCCCCGAACAAGCAUUUUUGGAAUCGUCCGAAUCCAUCACCGGUAAUAUCGUCAAGAUCAUCUCCACCAAGGGAAUUAAAGCCGUAUACGAGUCCCUUGAUGGUGACGACAAGGAGACCUUCCAAAAAGCCUAUUCUGCCUCGUACAAGCCCGCCAAGGAGAUUCUGCAAGAAAUCUAUGACGAGGUCAGUUCGGGAAACGAAAUCCGCACCGUCAUUAUGCACGGCGCCCGUAUCGACAAGUACCCCGUCGGAAAGAUUGACGGCACCGAUACCUGGAAAGUGGGUGAAAAGGUUCGCGCCGAGCGUGACGAAGACAAGAUCCCCCUCAACCCCUUCACGGCCGGUGUCUACGUGGCCACAAUGAUGGCCCAAAUUGAUGUGCUCUUGGAAGAAGGUCACCCGUAUUCGGAAGUCGUGAACGAGUCCGUCAUUGAGGCCGUCGAUUCCUUAUGUCCAUACAUGCACUACCGAGGAGUGGCCUUUAUGGUAGAUAACUGCUCCUUCACGGCCAAGACGGGUAGCCGCAAAUGGGCUCCCCGUUUCGACUACAUUCUGGACCAGUUGGCGUACACGGCGGUUGACAAUGGUGCGCCGGUGAACGAGCAAUUGAUUGCCGACUUUGAAAAGCACUCGGUGCACCAAGCUGUCGAAGAAUGCUGUAAGCUUCGACCGGCGGUGGACAUUAGUCUGUUUGCCGAAACCUCGACCAAGGAAAUUGUCAUUCAGUAAAAUGGCAAUGGAUGCGGUACGCGAAGAGACCUUGAAUCCCCCACCAAAUACAAGAAUUAAACAACUUUAUUAUACUC